AUGUCGGGCGAGGCGUGGCUAUACUUGUUUGCCGUCAUCAUAAAUGCGGUCAACCUCUUCCUUCAGGUGUUCUUCACCAUCAUGUACAGCGAUCUGGAAUGCGACUACAUCAACCCCAUCGACCUCUGCAACCGUCUCAACACGUACAUCAUCCCCGAAGUCGCCGUCCACGGAUUCCUGACGUUUUUGUUUUUGAUCAAUGGAUACUGGCUUCCGCUUAUCCUCAACCUGCCGCUCCUCGGAUACAACGUCAAGAACUCCCGGUAUCGCGUCAUCUCAACUACCGUCUCCCUGUGGCGAUCACUGUACGCCCUCAUCAUCCGCGAGUCUCAAGGCCCCGACCACGCCGUCGUCCCGUACACAGGCGCCGACCUCUCUCGCGCGCGCCUCGGGCCCGCGAACCCCUUCCGCAACGACUCUUCCUCUGCCUCCUCCGCGCUCGUCCCCACAGACCCCCAUCAUCCACAACAACAAAAGAAGCGCAAGAAUGUCCUCACCGGCCACGCCGAAGAGACCUUCAUCUCGGAACACACGUUCCGCGCCAAGCACCGCGCCGUUGAGCGCGCGGGUGCCGGGGGCCCGCAGCGCGAGGGCAUGUCGAAUCGGGAGCAGAAGGACCUGCAUCGGCGGCUGAGGAUGGGGCGGGAGGGGAAGGGCGAUGCGACCGUGGCGGAUGGGGAUGGGGCCUAUGUGGGGCCGUGGGCGCGGUAUACGAGAGAGCGGUAUGAGGAGGUGGAGGUGGGGGACGACGAGGAGUUGGGGAGUGGGGAGGAGUAUGAGAUUGUGGAGGCGGAGGAUGAGGAAGAGGAGGUGGUGCCGAGCGGGACGCUGGUGCAGGCGCCUGCGCCGUCGCUGGCGAGGAGGAGAGAGGCUGAGGAGCUGGGCGAGGAGACGACUGCUUUUCUGGGGGAGAGUGAGCAUGAUUAUUUGGGCCGCACGUAUAUGCAUGUUCCGCAGGACUUGGAUAUUUCGUUGACGAAGGAGGUGGGGAGUGUGACCAACUUCAUCCCGAAGAAGUUGGUGUAUACGUGGAAACCCCAUGGCAAGCCGGUUACAUCGCUGCAGCUGUUCCCACGGUCGAGUCACUUGGGGUUGUCGGGCGCGGCGGAUGGGAUGAUCAAGAUCUGGGACGUGUACCGAAGGAAGGAGGUCCUGCGGUCGUUUGUGGGGCACAACAAGGCUGUUACGGACUUGUCGUUCAACAACGACGGGACAAGAUUUCUAUCUGGUGGGUUUGACAGGAGGAUCCGGCUGUGGGAUACCGAGACGGGACAAUGUGUCAACCGCUUCAACUGUGGCAAGACACCACACGUCAUCAAGUUCAACCCCUCGGCAGAAAACGGGCACGAAUUCCUGGCGGGCCUUUCAGACAACAGGAUCUUGCAGUACGAUAGCCGUACGGGCAACGAAACGGUCCAGGAGUACGACCACCAUUUGGGCGCCAUCAACACCAUCGAGUUUAUCGACGAAAACCGCCGUUUUAUGUCGACGUCCGACGACCGCUCGCUCCGGGUAUGGGAAUACGGCAUUCCCGUCGAGAUCAAGACUAUCAGCGAACCCGACAUGUUUGCCCUCACAAAAUCCACCCAGCACCCCAGCGGCAAGUACGUUCUCUACCAGUGCAGCGACAACUCGAUCGUUGCCUACUCGAUCGGCUCCGACAAGUUCCGGCAGCACCGCAAGAAGGCAUGGCGCGGCCACAAUACUGCCGGCAGCGGCAUCGGGCUCACCUGCAGUCCUGAUGGGCAAUUCGUCGCGUCAGGCGACACAGGGGGCAGCGUCUGUUUCUGGGACUUCAAGACGUGUAAGAUGUACGGAAAGAUUACGGUCGAUGGGUCGGGCGGAUCGGUCAACUGUGUGGCCUGGUCGGAGCAAGAGACCAGCAAGGUGUUCACAGCUGGGGCGAAGGGGGAGAUCAAGUUGUGGGAUUGA